CCUCCUCCGCCGCCGCCGCAACCAAAAACCCUAAACCCUAGCAGCAGCAGCAGCAGCACCUCCACCUCGCGAUGGCGGACGCGGUGCAGUUCCGCCUCGAGGGCAUGCCCGAGGAGCUCGACGACCUCCUGAACCGCGGCCUCUUCACCAAGACCGAGCUCGCCGAGGUCGUGCGCCGCCGCCGCGACUUCGAGUUCCGCCUCCGCCGCCACUCCCCGCGCAAGGCCGACUUCCUCGACUACAUCGCCUACCUCCUCAGCGUCGACAAGCUCCGCGACCUGCGCAAGCGAGCCAUCAUACGCGCAACGCCCGACCCGGACCACGAGGAUGGUGGUGGGAAGAAGAAGAAGAGGAAGAGGAAUAUGAAGGGAAAGUGGGCCAAGUCCGUCUCCGACGCCGCGGCAGUCAAGCGCGUCCUCGGCGUCUACCGCCUGGCCACCGUCAGGUUCAAGGGCGACCUCGACCUCUGGUUCAGAUACCUCGAGUUCUGCCGCCAAAAGCGCCACGGCAGGAUGAAGGAGGCUAUGGCACAAGCCAUUCGUUACCAUCCUAAGGUUCCUGGGCUUUGGAUGUAUGCAGCAGCAUGGGAAUUCGAUCAGAACUUGAAUGUUGCUGCAGCACGUGCACUCAUGCAGAGUGGUCUCAGAUCUUGUCCCGGAUCAGAGGAUAUGUGGAUUGAGUAUCUGCGCAUGGAGCUUACCUAUCUUAACAAGCUUAAGGCUCGAAAGGUAGCUCUUGGGGAGGAUGUGAAGACACUGCAGAAAAGCAAUGAUGAUUCAGGUCACUGGAAAGAGGAGAACAAGGAACUGUUCAUGUCACUUGAUGAACAAGGUGCUGACGAGUCUGGCUUGCAGGGAGUUGAUUUGGAGGAGAAGGAAGAUCUAUUUUGGCAGCAAGGGUUGUUAAUCAUUCGAACAAUUUAUCAUGGUGCUAUGGAAGCUCUUCCAUCAAGCUUAACCUUGAGGAAGAAAAUUUUAGAGAUAUUAAAUAGUGUUGAGCUCGCACAUUCUGAAGAGCUGAGGCUGGAGGUCAUGGAUGACCUGAAGAAAGAUUUCUCUCACGACGAGGAUUACUGGGAUUGGUUUGCUAGGCUUCAGCUCAGUGAUUCCGCCAUUUCCUCGAAUAAAAAAGAAGCUUUAUUGAAUACGUUGAACAAAUCAAUUCAGGUGUAUGAUGAAGCUGUCAGAAAGUUGCCUACUUCCAAAAUGUACUCCCUGUUUGCAAAAUUUUGGUUGGGUGUUAUAUUCUCCGACAGAGAGGAUUCCAUCUCAUUAUUUCAGGAUGCUGAGUUUGAUGCUUCAGAAUUCAUUCCAUCAAUUCUGAAAGUUUAUGAAAAUGCUGAAUCAUGUGGAUGUCUCACCGAGGAACUUGCCUGCCAAUAUGUCUCACUCCUUUUGAGGUUUGGAAGAUUUGAGGAAGCUAAGAAUCUUGCAGAAAAGCUCUGCAGCGGUCCUCUUUUACAGGCUGCAGAUCUGUGGAACCUGAGAGCUUCCAUAGAGAUAAACUCGCUUGGUACUGCUACUGGCAGUGCUUCCUUUAGUGAGGAGAAUCUAAGUUCUCUGUUUGAUCUGUUUAAUGUUGUUCUUCCGAAGUUAUCCAUAGCCAAGGCUGAGGGACUGUGGCAUACGGCCAUGAAAUUGUUUUCUCACGAUAAGAUAUAUUUUAAAAAGCUGGUGAAGUGUGCAACGUUAUCAUUAAGUUCGGCUGGUGGGAGUGAUUGUGGAGCUUCAGUCUCUUCUGCUAUUAUCGGCUGGGUUUUGCAGAAGGAUGGUAUUAAACAAGCUCGGAAGAUGUAUAAGAGAUUUUUGGCUUUACCGCGUCCCAGUCUUAAGUUAUUCCAGUUCUGCAUAGAGCUGGAAGCUAACCUUGCAUCGACGGGAAACCAUGAUGCAUUAGUUACUGCGCGCAAGCUGUUUGAUUCAGCAAUCAACCAUUAUCCGCAAGAAAGAGAACUUUGGAGGAAGUACUACAACAUGGAGUUGAAGGUAGGAACAUCGGAAACAUCAAAUGCUAUCUACUGGCGUGCCCGAAAGGUGCUCAAUGACCCCACUGCCCUCCAUUCCCCGUAGCUAGCAGCGUGUGCCUGUACUAUGUAAUAUCUAUUUUGAUUGGAUUGAUUCGUGUGUUGCUAUAGGCAUAUCUUAGUCAACUAAGUCAACUCGACAAAUUUUUUGUUCUCGUUCUUUGUCGAUCCGAUUUUUUUAAAUGUUUGUGGGAUGUCUUAAGAAAACUGGAAUAGCUUGUGUCUGCCCAGUCCAGUCAUGUAAUGAAUAUACUGAUAAGAUUACCCAACAAUAUAGCAUCAGCCUUGGAGCAAGUAAA